AUGACUAUGACCCAGACAGCUCAAAGCUCAGCCGAGGACCUGCACUCGUUUCGUCCGAGAACCCUUAUCCAACCACUUCACAAUAGUAUCCCCCCGGAACUACUUCCAAGAUUCGACCCAGUUUAUGUGGAGCACCACAAUAAAUACAAUGCAGGACGUCUACAUACGCAUGAGGUGCCAAUCGAGGAAUUUCGAAAGAACCCAGCUAAAUUCCUCACUGCAUACGGCCGCGCCGUUGGCCCGGAUGUUUUUCGGAUUACCCAGCAGAAAAUACCCGUUGAGGGAGGAGAAAUAGCCGUGCGGAUCUUUGAGCCCCCGACAAUCAAUGAUGAGCAAGGCAAGCCCAAGAAGAGGGCGGCAUACGUCAACUUUCACGGUGGUGGGUGGGUAUUUGGAGAUCUCGGGGUCGACCAUGAUUUUUGCAAGCAACUGGUCCAUGGUCUAGACGGCCAUUUAGUGGCCUUUGAUAUCGACUAUCGCCUAGCACCGGAGAACAGAUUCCCUAUUCCGCUGGAGGAUUGCUGGACGGCUUUCAACUGGGUCCGGUCACAAAAAGCCGAAGAAUUCAACAUCGAUCCGGACCGGAUGUCGGUUGGCGGUGCUUCGGCCGGAGGUCAUCUCUCAGCCGUCAUCGGCCAUCUUUGCCGCGAUGCCAACAUCCCUCUCCGCUUGCAGGUGUUAGCAGUGCCGGUGUGUGAUCUGCACAAUGUAUUCACACCGGAUGGCGAAUUCGACCGAGAGAACUGUCCAUACGAGUCUUAUCGAGAGAUGGAGUUCACGACCGCCCUUCCAUUGGCGCGAAUGAAGUUCUUCCAUAAGCACUUCUUGGGACUCCCACGGCCUGCCAGAUCUAAGGAGGACUGGAAGAUCUCGCCACUUCUCGCGCCCAACUUUUCCAACCUAGCGCCGGCUCUUGUGUUCACGGCAGAGAUGGACCCUCUCCGGGACGAAGGGGAGAUCUACGCUGCGAAACUCAAGGAAGCAGGGUGUCGGGUGGAGUUGACGCGCAUGGCAGGGGCACCGCAUACGUUCAUCCAUUUGGACGGCAUUCUGGAUGCGGGAAAGAAGUACAAUGCGAUGGUGAUCGAGGCGAUGAAGAAAGAGCUUGUAGUGUAG